UUUAGGGCGGGGAUUGAGUCCUUCGCUUGCUCUCGAUCGAGAGGGAAGAAGGGGGGAGAAGUAGCACCAAAGAUGUUCUCGAGCCAAAUCGAUGGAGGUGGAUUCAUGCUCUCUCAAUCCUCCCAAAACCCUGAUUCCGGCUUCUCUAAGAAUCGUGGCGCUCCGGGAGUUCUUCCCGUGACGGUGAAGCAGAUCAGGGAGGCCUUCGACUCUGCAGGCGAUAAGUCCAGUCUCCUUCUCGAUGGAGUUGAUGCCACCAAUAUUAGACUCCUGGGGCUGGUGAUGAACAAGGCGGAGAGGGCUACGGACGUUACCUUCACCCUUGACGAUGGCACUGGACGAAUCGAUGUCAUCAGAUGGGUUAAUGACACUUCAGAUGCAAACGAGACAGCUAUUAUUCAGAAUGGUAUGUAUGUCUCCGUCAAUGGUAGCCUUAAAGGAUUUCAAGACAAAAAAAGAGCCGUUGCAUUCUCUGUUAGGCCUGUCAGUGACUAUAAUGCUAUUGCACUCCACUUCAUUCAGUGCAUACAUGUACAUCUCUGGAACACCAGGCAGAAGGGAGGUGCUUUCCAGCACCAGACAACUCCAGUAAAGACAACAACCACUUCUUUUGAAGGGUUGAGAGUGCCCCAAACUUCAGUUGCCAAUCAAUCUUCUGGAAGUGCAAACACGAAUGGACCUGAGACUGACAUCUACAAAUUAGUGUUGAACGUUUUCCAGGAACCUGCAAACCUUGACAGCGACCAUGGAUUGCAUGUUGAUGAAGUUGCCAAACGACUGGGAGUACCAAUCAAUAAGAUCAAGGAAGCUAUCGAUUACUAUGUGGACAUCGGUCAUAUUUAUUCUACGAUCGAUGACUACCACUUCAAGUCUGCUUUCAUCGACUGACGUUGACUUCUCAAUCUUUAUGGCUGUUUGUAAAGAAGACACUAACAGAGUCGGUUUGUCAAUUUAUAUGGCUGUGCUUAAUCUCCCCAAUAUGAAGACCAGUUUUAUAGGUGAAAUGUGAUGAAUGAUCAAAAGUAUGCUAUGCACUGAACAAGAUUUUUUUUUUUUGUCUUCGUUCCAAUUUCCGGCAUCUUUGAAUUGAUUCAACCUGCCUUGUGCUGUCUUCUCUCACAAUAAAUAUCAUCCUUUUUAUUA